AAAUGUUACCCGAACCUGGCGGCGGUUGCAGGCAUCCCGAUAUCAUGGAUAAUUUGAUUAUGUGCCGUGAUCAAAAGUGAUAAAGUGUGAUAUCGCGAACAUAAAAAGUGAAAAGUCGUUGACACAGAACGACAACAGCAACGGGUAAAAUCCGUGAAAUCCCGUGAGGAAGUUUUCUCUGUGAGUCCUUUGGGAAUACCUCACUCCGCUAAUACGAUACAAAAUGGUUGCGGGAAUAGGAUGGAAACAGUACGAUGAAUUCACCCCAUCAUCAUUGAAACAAGAAAAAGGAGAUGGGAUCACGACAGAUCACGUCGCAGAUGUCAGUUCGCCGGAAAGUCUACCAGACUUCGAACGAGCGCCUCCGAGAAAGAUAGAUGAAUACAUUAGAGCAGAACUACCAUAUUUAAGUAAAAGAGCCACGGUGGCGUUACUGAGUUGUUUAGGUUUUAUCAUCAUGUUCGGGAUGAGAACUAGCAUGGGUCUGGUCAAAAUUAAAAUGAAUAACACGUGGACACCUGAAACGUUAUCAGCAGUUGACGCUGCCAUUUUUUGGGGAUAUUUCGUAACUCAAAUUCCUGGUGGUCUAAUAGCGGCAGCAUAUCCGGCUAACAAAUUAUUUGGAGCGGCAAUAGCUUCGUCUUGUGUUUUGAAUCUUAUUAUUCCUGCUGUAUACCAGAAACCAGACAUUCUUAUUGUUGUUAAAGUUAUGCAAGGUCUGGUAGAGGGUGUAACUUAUCCGGCUUGCCAUGGAAUUAUGAGGCACUGGGCACCUCCUUUAGAAAGAUCUCGGUUGGCAACUCUUGCAUUCAGUGGAUGUUACGCUGGUGUGAUGUUCUCGAUGCCAAUUUCUGGAGAACUUAUAGAACAUUUCGGUGUUUUAGCACCCUUUUAUUUCUAUGGAGUGAUAGGAAUUUUUUGGUACAUAUCGUGGCUGUGGUUGGUAUUCGAAAAACCAUCAUACCACACUUGUAUAGAUAUUAAAGAAUUGGCGUUUAUAGAAAAUUCGUUAGGAACUGCGAAUCAAACGUACAUCGUCCCAACUUUGACAAAUACGCCUUGGAAGGCUUUCUUUACCUCCCUUCCUUGUUAUGCCAUCUUCGUAGCGAAUUUUUGUAGAUCUUGGAAUUUUUAUCUGCUGGUGCUAUUCCAAGCCUCGUAUUUCGAAGAUACAUUCCAUUCGACGAUGACUGAGAAUGCUCUGCUUGGAGCUCUACCUCAUUUGCUAAUGACUGGAAUUGUUCCUACGGGAGGUAUCCUUGCUGAUCGUUUAAGAAAAAAAGGAAUUUUAACAACUACUCAAGUUAGAAAAUUAUUUAAUUGUGGAGGUUUUGGUAUGGAAGCCACAUUUUUCAUUAUCAUGGCUUAUUCCCAUACUAUAACACAAGGUAUGACAGCUUUAUCAAUAGGAGUUGGUUUCAGCGGGUUUGCUAUAUCGGGUUUCAAUGUUAACCAUUUAGACAUUGCACCAAGGUACGCUAGUAUUCUAAUGGGUAUGUCAAAUGGUAUUGGUACUAUAGCAGGAGCUAUAGUACCCUACGUUGUGCAUCUAAUAGUCAAGCACAAGAAAAAAGAAGAAUGGCAGAUAGUAUUUAUUAUAUCUGCCAUGGUACACUAUUCCGGUAUCAUAUUCUAUGGAUUAUUCGCGUCAGGGGAAUUGCAGGAUUGGGCCGAUCCAAGUAUCGAGGAAGAAAAACAAUGGAGUCAAAUGAAUGAAGCUAUGCCAAUAAAAAAACAAACCCCUCAAAACGGAGUGGUUCAAAGACAAACAAGCAUGUCGUCUAGCUACGGAUCAGUAGAAACUCCACUUCCACCACGUCCUCCAAGACCGCCAUCUUUAAUAUCUCAAACUUUCUCACAAGACGUGCCAUUUCAACAACCAGUAGAGCCGAUAGUAUCAACCGGAAAUCCUUUCCGGACCUCUUCAAAUCCUUUUAGGCAAGAAGCUGUACAACCAAACGCUCAAGAUACUUAUAUGCACGGUACUAUUAACGACAGAACUUAUUAAAUUCCUUUGUUUGAAUUGUAUCGUUGAUACGUGGUUGUUUCGAAAAUGGUUGUGUUGAAUUUUCUCAAUUACUUUUUUCAUUAUCUAUUUAGAAAACUUGAUAACAAAGUAUGAUACAAAUACAAAUACCUUUUAGUAUAUGUAUUAGUUGAUACUCAUUGUUCUGGAAAAAAUUUGUUUAUUUGUGUUUGCAGUCCAAAACUGCAUUAUACAAGCUAUAGACUCUAAUUUUUGGUCUUAUGAUACCUUGUCGGUUCCAUAAAAAUAUGUCCUUGAUUAGAUACUUUGAACCGGUUUUUUCUUAGUGUACUAUUAUUACAAUAGAAAUUAAAAGCCGAACAUCUCCGCUCAACUGCAAAUUUAGAAGUCAUAUUAUUCUUCUAUUCUCAAAAAAAUGUUUAAAGUAAUAUUUACCACAGAGAUGGGAAUUUCUAUUUACAACUCUGCUGGGCUGUAACAAAGUUUAAAUCGACGAAGAAAUCGACAAUCAUGACAUCUUGAUGAGAAAUGCUGAAACUAUUGAAAAUUCAAAAUCCCAUCUCUACAAUAAGAUUCGAAAUUUAUUUCUUAAUUUGUGUUAGUGCCGAUAUCUAUCGGUAGGUAUUGAAAAAACCUGAUUUUGUUUUGUAAUUUCAAUUGUCUAUUAUUAGUUGAUUAUAUCUAGAGUAUUGUUAUUAAAUUGAUAAGAAUUGAUAAAUUGAUAGCAAUAUGUGAAUAAUAACAUCUGCAGCCAGGGACACAAAGGAAUAAUUUAAUUCGUUUUUGAAUAGAAUUAAAAAUAUAAGGAAAUAAAAACUGAAAUUUCAAACUUUUGAACAAACCAAUGAGAUAAAAAUCAUACAUUUUCAUGACUUGAAACCAAGAGAUGUUCAAGGCGUUUGUUCUAUAGUUUUGUGUUAAGAAUCAAAAUCGCAUAAUUCGACAGUUGCUGGAAAAAGUAAAUUACAGAACGUAUUUUUUACUGAAAGAAUGAACAACAAUUAAUUUAUGUUAAUAAUAUAAGGAAAAAAGUUAGUAUAGGUAGCCAUAUUGAAUGUCUCGGGUCUGAAAUUGUCAUGCAAAUUUGUUUGAUCUAUACGUAUUUUGACCUGGAAAAGCUGAUAUUCUAUUUCUUGGUGAAUCCUAUUUAUCUAGCUUUCAACGUUUUACUUGUUCUUCAAAAAUCACUCAAAUUUGUCUCUUCUUCCAAAUCAUAUAUCUCGAAAAAUUUCAUUCAAACAAUUUAGAAUAGCGUGGCUAAAUUGUGAAAAUUUAUCAUUCUUCUAAAACCGAAUAUCAUUGAACUGGUUAGGGGUCAGCAUUUCUUAUUGCUAUUGUUCAUUCAAAUUGUAUCAAUCUAAGAUUGGUUUCACUACAGUAUCUAAAAUAAUGGUGAUUAACUUUCUUCGUUUGUCUAAAAACAAAAUUUUACUUGUAAAAUGGGAGCCUGCAUCUACCUUAUCCUUUCAAAGAAUUCCAUUUGGAUGCGUAUCAUCAAAUAUGUCAUGUCAAAUUUGUUAUCAUUAUGCUUUCCUAUUCGAUAAAAAUGAUUAAAUUGAAUAUCUUUUAGUGAUGACAAUAAGAUAUAUUUUUUUUUGAAUUGUUGCAUCAACUUCAAAGGUUAUUAGUGACAUGUGAGUUCACAUUUUGUGAUACAAUUCAAUGUCUUUUAGAUAUUUGAUUGAGUUUGAUUUGUUAGUUUUUGUACUUCUAACAGUUUAACAAUAAAUGUUUCAUGUUUAGAUUCUCAUUACAAGAUUCACAUAUUGAUGGGUUUUAAUAUCGACUGCGAUCUGUUGUCGAUCGCUCACUUUGUCACUUCUACUGAACUGUUGUUUUGAUUAUCUCUUUAUAGUCGUUUGCUAUCACUUCGCUCACAAUUGUAGCUUCGUUGUUAUCUGCUACUUCUUUGGCACAUUUGUCUGCUUUUUCGUUUCCUGGGAUGCCGGUAUGUGAUGGGAGCCAAAUAAUUGAUACGUUUGCCUUGGAUUGGUGAAUAAGGUGUAAUUGGAUUUGAGGAAACCUAUUGGGUACCUACACCCAAUGGUUUCCUUGAGCUCAUGGAGUUUGUAAUUAUGGCUGUUCUAUUAUACUGAUUUCUUCUAGGGAUAAUUAGUGCCUGUAAUAUGGUAUGGAGCUCUCCAGUGUGGACGCUAUUAUGUGGAGAUAGUUUAAAUUUUUGUAUUACCUUCUCUAGUACUACUUCAGCUCCUAGGCCAUUAGGUGUUUCGGAUGCGUUGUUGUAUAAAAAAUCAUUAUGCUUUCCUAUUCAAUAAACACGAUUAAAUAUAAAUAAAUAAAAAUACCUAGUCCCGAUGACCACCUUUUAGUGAUGACAAAGAGAAAUAAUUCAUAUCAAUUAAUUGAAGGAAAAUCUACUACUUUCUGACAUGAAACAUGUUUCAAUAAUUUUUAUUUCAAGCAGCUGUAACAGGAUAACUAUCAGAGGUAUAAUCACUGACUAUAACUAAGAGAUAUCCUAAAAUUCAUAGCUUGAAGAAAUAAUAUUAAUUUUCCCUUUUUCUAAUAUAUAGCGUGGGGCAAAUGAGAGGAAUGAAUUUGUUAUUUCGUAAACCGGCGACUUCAAGCAAAAAUCCUGAAAUACGUCAACUAUUAGUAAGGAUACCUUUUUAUUUUUAACAUCAUCUAUGUGGGCGUGAUGACGUCAUCGGCAUCAACGUUAUUAACAUUUUUAAAUGGAAAUGUGAGUGUUGUAAAACAUUAUUUGAUAUAAUUGAUUUGCGUGUUGUCACAAAUAUUAUUGAUAAAAUUUCAAUAGAUUUCUCCAUAAAAUAUAUUAAGUGCAAUGUAAGAAAUUCAGAGAAACUAAUCAUAUCAACGAUCUCCCUACAGAUAGUAGAAAACUAAUAUAUGAAGCCUUUAAAGAUGUCCCCAUGCCAGUUCAAGGCAAGUAGCAUUGGAUAAUGACAUGAUUCAUUCAACAGUUCUUAGAAAGCUGAAGAAGCAAAAGUGGCAUAUUCUACAAAGUACAAGUCUCAUGGAAGACGAAUUUGAUAGACGAAUUGAAUUUUGUAAAAUUAUAAUGGAACAAAAUAACAGAGAUCCGUAGUUUUUAGAAAAAGGUUUUUCUUUGAUAAAGCAACAUUUCUAUUAAACGGUCAUGACAAUCGCCAAAAUUAUCGGUGCUGGACUACGAAAAAUCUACACUGAUUGCAAAAGUACCGUACUCAAUACUCAGAGAAAGUUAAUAUUUGGGAGUUGAUAAUAUCUAGAUAAUAGUAAUAUUAGACCAUAUUUUUUUGAAGAAACCUCAACAAAUCCUAGAUAUAUAGACAUUUCUUCAAAUUUUCUUUUUCCCUGAAUUGAACCAGUUGUUUCCAAACAGAAAUGAUUUAUGGCUACAACAAGACUCCUCUUGAUUUCUUUUCAUGGAAAUAUUUGAAAAGUAAAGCGUAUCAAAAUAGACCACAAAAUUUCAUUGAACUCAAAGAAAGGAUACGUAUUGAGGUUGCGCAGAUAGCUCCGGAAGUUAUAAGGAAAAUUCCAGAUGAAUUUGUAUAUUAUAUAUACAAAUAUAUUAAUUUUUUAAACAAUUACAAAUCAAUUACUCAGACAUAUUGAAAUGGCUGCAUAGAUAUUUGACAGUCUUUCAAAUAAUGUAUUUUACAAAAUAAUGUAUUUCUAUUUAAAGAUUUUAACGAUGAGAUCAUCACGCUCACAUAGAUGACGUCAAAAAUGAAAAGGUAUCCUUACUAAUAGCCUGUUUAAAAUUAAAAAUUCAUAAUUUCAUCAUUUCAUAAUUUUCUUAUAGUCUUAGGUUUACGUUUUUAUGUGUUCCUGGCUUAGAAUUUCAUACUUUGUUUAAUGUUGAAAUGAAACGUGUUCAAUAUAGAGUUUACUGUUAAAUAUUUGAAAUUAGAGCAAGAUGAAAACUAUUAUCAAAUAUUUCUUAGAAAAAAAAAGAAAAUGAAAACGAAGAACAAUUCCAGUAGGUAUAUCUACAAAAAGCAUAAAGGAAAUGAAGAAAUUCCAAUAUUAUCUUGGCAAUUUAACAAUAAUAUGGAGCUUUAUUGACCCCACCUAUAAACAAUUUCCAAUUUGUGUUCAGCCUCAUUUCUGCAUUAAAUUCAAAGCUAAAAAAAAUGUCUUAGAAAUAUCGUUAGAAAAGACAAUAUUAUUAUAAAUACUGAUUGAUUAGAAUACUUGUUAUGUUCUAAUAAUUGUUCCUAGGUUAUUUUAAAACUUGAUUUUGUCAUUUUAGAUCCCAUCAAUUUUUGUAAUAAACCACGAAAAAACUAAUUAAAUUGGUUAACUCGAGAAGAUGAUAAAAAAAGUGCGGUGAAUAGUUUGAUUGUUUAUAGAAAUUUUGGAAAUUUAUUAACAUCCACUUCAGUUCACAAAUAUAUUUGAAAAAAAUAUCAUUCCAAUAAAAUGAUUUUAUCACCGUUCUUUUUAUCAUAGUAGUAGGUAGGGAUCUGGUGGUAAAUUGGGCAUGAAUUUGCCUAAAUAUAGAAAUAUAAGUAGUGAGCUCCGUUAGUUUAAGCUUUUUUUUUAAUUAAAUUUGGAACAAAAACAAUAAUCGAAAUGAUUUUUUCUGCUUAUAUCUAUAUGACAAACGUUUUCAAAAUAAUAAUUAUUUAUUGGAAGAAAAAAUAAUUCAUUUUGUAUCACUUAAUCGUCUUUUUUGUUAAUUUCCAUGUGAAAGAUUCCAAUUAUUAAUAAGACAAAAAUAAAACUUAAAAUAUGGAAAAUAUCCGUAUUGUUUAUAACCAACAGCUGUCUUGCUGGAUAUUUCAUAAAUUUAUAUGUAUACUAGCUGACCUGACAGACGUUGUCCUGUGAAUAUUGAAUUCGAAAUGGUUUUGGAAUCGGUUAAGCUAUUUAAAUGUUCCAAAAAAAAUUUUUUCGUAUUUUUUUGAGAUUUCUCAAAAUCUACAGGUCUAAAUUAUAUUCAAAAUCUAAUUUUGGUCAAGCCUUUUCGAAUGGCGUCAACCGCGAGGAGAUCUGUUACACACAUACACAAAAUAAAGGAAAUUGCGAAGAAACUAGAUAUAAUGAAGGAGUAAGAUGUUAAAGCACUGAAGAAACACAACAAUAUUCUGAAGGAAAGGGUAGUGAUAAUAAGAGAAGUAGAAUUUUACUUUUCCGCUCUUUAUAAAUAAUGAAAACAUUACAUGCUGAAGAACUUUUCAAUAAUAUAGAAUUAUUUGUUUCCAUUAUAUAUCAUAUAUCCAUUAUAUAUCAUAUAUCCAUUCUUAUAUAAUAAUUGGAAAUAUUUCUAUUUCUCUUGAACAAAGCAAGAGAAAGAAACGUCUAUAAUAUUUUCACAAAUUGAAUAAAUUUCAUUGGGACGCAAUUUUAUUUUAUUGAAUUGAAAAAAAUGUAUUAUUUCACUUAUUUCAGUGAUAUUAUGAACGUUUUAUAUCCUGUAUCUCUACCAGCUCCCUUACUAUAGAACUUGAGAUAUGUUAGUACUGAUUAUAAAUUAUAUAAAAAACAUAAAAAAAGUAAGAUAAUGUUAAAUUAAUUUAUUUGUAGUUAUUUUCAUUUCGAUUAUAUCUAUUUGAUAUAUGUAAUUAAUAACAUUUCAGUAAACAACGACAUGUGUUUUUAUUAUUUGAAUAUUAUAUCGUUAAUUUGGAAAAAUAUAAUAAAUGUAGUGCCUGUAACUGCACUUAUUAUUCGACGCAACUGUAUGUAAUUUUAUUAUAAUAGUAAUUUAAAAAAAAACAUUGUACUCUCACUGUUUAAAUAAAUAUAAAGUCCAUUCAAAUAUUUGACAAAUGUCCCAAAUUGAAUAUUUCAGAUCCUCUGACUGAUUUGUUAUACAUAUUAUUAACAUAACCUGUGAAAAUAAUCAUGUAAAUAUAUUCAUGUAGUUUGCUUAUUAAUCACUUAUUUUUGUGGCUAAGUUAUUUAAAAUUGCUACGUACUUUGACAAAUCUUUACUUGUAGAAUUCAAAAUGAUAAGUAAAAAUUCAGACCAUAAACGGAAAUUUAUUCAAAACUGGGCAACAACAGGAUAUUAGAGAAAAUAAAGAUCAAAGAGUACAUAAAAUAAAACAUUUAUUUUAGGGUUGCGUUUUUGUAUGUAGAAUCGGUGUGACUGAAAUAAAGUCCUCGUAAACUAAUUAUAUAAAUUAUACAAUAAUGAUCAACUGUUAUUCUAGCACUAAGAAAUUAAAUAUAUGGUGUCCCAGAACAAAUUUAAAAAAGUUGGGACCAUAUAGUAGUAGCCAAAAUAAUUUUAGUACUUUAUAUAAACUUCUCCAAUACAGACAUUCGUUUUCGAAUUGUCUCCAAAAUAUAAAUUUCAACUUCGCUCUGUAUAAAUCUCGUUCUGUUGUGUAUUGUCUUUUUGGUAUGGUAAACAGAUUUACAGUAUUGCCUUGAAAGAAGUAACAGACAACUCGUAAUGAUUAUUGAUUAAAAAUUUUUGGUAUGAAAUUAUUAACGGACUUGGUAAUGAAAAUUUACUCUGUUAUAGUUUGCCAUUUUCUUAAAACACUUCAUAUUAAUUUUGGCAAAAUAUUUGACUAAAACUAAUAUUAUACUAGAACAAAAAACUAACCUCUGUCUAAUAAAUUAUCAAUAUGAGCUCCUCCCAUUUCCAUGCUCUUUUCAAGUUGCACUUGUAAUAGCAAUCCCUUAUUAUCUCGCUUUGUUUGCAAAGGUGUUGCAAUUUUGAUGCAGUAGCCACAGUAAAAAUCAUUUAGUAGGAAAUUUUGUGUUCAAAUGCUAUCUACUUCUAAAGUGAGAUACAAGAACCAUAAAUUCAUUCGAGUUUGUACUGGCACAGCAUCAAAUUUAGAACUUUUUUUGCAAAAAAUACAAAUAUUUCUGUCUAGACAAAAUACCGUCAAUAAAGUAUGGGCAUACCAAAAGCCACUGACUAUACUCAAGUCGUGAUUGAUAGUCAGCCGCCGUCAUAUUAUGUACUUUUUGGAGACGUUAUGAUAUUUUUAUACUACUCACACUUCGUGUUGAACCUUCACUACCUAUUUGUAGCAAAACAACUACCUGCCAUUUCACAUGCUAAGUUAGAUUCACUUACCCACUUACCUGUUUUUUCUAACCUCAAAUUAACACGUUCAAAUAUUCGUCUGUCUGGUACUGAUCUGUUUGGAAAAUGUUUACCAUAGUUUCAAAAACUUCUCAUCAAAUUGCCAAUUAAUGAGCUGCUAAUAUUUAGUCAAAUUCCACCAAGAGAACAUUGUCGCUAAGUUAUGUUUAAUGAAGAUUAAAUGAGUACUACGGGAAUUGAAAAUAAAAAACGAAGUUAAAAUUUAAACUUUGAAUGCCAUAUUUCAAAAACGAGGGCUUACGUAUUACAAAAAUUUAUAGCAAGUACAACAUUAUUUUAGUUUAUACUAUACAUUUCCAGCUUUCCUCUCAUUAGUCCCGGGACUAUACACAGUAUUCCCUACUUUAAUUGGAAUCCUCCCUGGAAAUUCUCUAUUUAAACAAAACUGAUGAAUUUAUUAACACGAAAAUAUAUGCUAAAAAUGUUAUUUUAUAAGUUAUGGCAGUUUCAUAAUUAGAAUUAUGAAGUUAUUAGUCAAAUUUGAUGAGAUGUUAUCAUUGCUAUUUUGAGAUUCAUAAAAUGAGAUACCAUAUUGCUAUAUCUCUUUCAAUUUCAUCUGAAUCUGUUAUUUGUCUAGACAAUAGCUCUUAUUUAAUGACGUGCAGUUAACUCUUCAACGUUGCAGAUGUCAGAUUCUGAUAUUAUUUUUGUCCACAUGGUCCCUCUCUAAGGUCGCGUCCGAUAUCUUACAGUAUCUCGUAUUCUUGUCCAUUAUGGACAAGAAUAAUAUUGAAAUUCCAUACGAUCAAUCCUAUUCUCAUAUUCCCGCAUUUUUUAUAAACCGAUAAACCUAAAAGGCUUCUCAUUCGAUUAAAUAACAUCUUCCCAUCUAAUUCCUGAAGCAGCCAUAAAAUUAAUUUCCAAAACUGCUUUUAUUCGCAUUAAUUUCAAAUGCCUCUUUGUUAUUGACGCGUUGUCCUAUGCGCGGCUUUUUUGAUCUGAAAAAGAACCAAAAAGCUAUACAACUUAGUAGAUUGUUUCCAUGAAUGCGCGGGCGCAUUGUCGUGGUGAAACGGUCAAACCUAAAGCUGUGGAAGUUUUCUUCUGACAACUUCGAGCGAUGUCUCCACCUCUUCAACGUAGUAUUGUUUAGUGAUAGUCAAUACUGUCGCAGCAUAUUUAUGAACACUUAGAAAAUUAGAGAAAAGAAUUGUUUCUGAUUUUCACCAAUUAUCUCAGAACUCGAAUAUACUUGUUUUAUUUUUGGAUUAUAGCCAUAAAUCGAUAAUUUUUCAACAGUAAUACUUAAACUACCUUUUUAAACAUUGGUGAGAUCCAUGCUCUAGAGGUCGCUAAAUAAUUGAUGGCUUUGGGCAAACCUCGUGUAUAUCAAAAUAUUUUUCAUAACAUUGUCUCCUGUCAAGUGUUCACUUUGGUAAGUGCGGUUAUUUUGAAUAAUUGAUAGACCUAACCAAUAAAUUUUGGCUUUCGUUCAUAUGCCGUGAUAGUGUCUACUUUACCCUCUUCUAAUUAGUGGAAUAUGGUAAAGGAAUACCAACUGAAUAUAAUUCGGAAUCGUAAAGUUCUGACAUAUCACAACCAUACCCUUCAACUUUUAUGGCUUUACUGUACUGCAUUUCAAAGAACUUUCUCUUACGCUAUAUCCAACAUUCUAUUUUUCUAAAUGUUUCUGAUGUUGAAAAGAGUUGCACUACAUCAUAAUUACUUAUCAUUAAUUGGAUAAUACUGAGGAUCAAAUUACUGCUGUUUGAAGUCUGCAGAAAUAGAUUUUCAAAUUGAAUGAAAAGUACUAUUCGAAAUUUUCAGUUUCCAAACUCUUAAAUGCUCGUGGAAUAUCCAAAAAACCUAUAGUGUUUGAAAUAGGUUUACUAUAAUAUUUGUAGAUUUAAGCGAAAUUACAGGAGCGGUGCCAAUUGAAAUGAUUCGCAUCACAUUCUUCACUGUUACAAAUUUUCGUAGCAAUCGCCUGAGUGAUAAUAAUAUUAAAAUGUUUAUAACCUUAUAUUUAAUAACUUUGCUAUGCUAAAUUUAAUCACAAUAAUUACUUGAUAUUAUGGAAAUGUUGAAGCAAUUUCGCCAAAGUGUUUGAAUUCUAGUCAGUUAUAAAAUGAAAAGUAUAUGCUUUGUUUGAAUUUUUUGCUGUAUAGCUUUCAAACAAAAAAAUUGUAUUCUUAUAAAGUAUAUUAUUGAAAUAUUGGCCUUUUAUCGUGUCUUUUGAAGAAGUACAAGGGCCGGCUUCUUCUUAGAUACGAUUUCUCCUGGUAUUUUCACAAAAAAAUGAUUACCAAUCCAAUUUAGAAAUUAAGAAUUUUUCUUUCUAAUUCUAAUUUAUGUGAAUUAUAUAGAAAAACUUGUGGAAUUGUUCAAUAAACUUACAAUGUCACGAUAACUCUUAUGAAUUAAAUCGAUUUAAAGGAGUUUCAGCAUGGGGAUUACUUUUCAACACAAAUCCUAUUGAUGCACACGUCAAUGUCCUGCACGUUGUUUUAUAGUGUACGUUUUAAUGAAUAAAUGUGGUACAUCAAACCAAUCACUUGUCUUUGUUGUUGCAAAAAUUAAGUCAAACGAAUAUUCGCCGGACUUGGAGAUUAAAUCUAAUGAAGAUGUAUACAUGAGAUAAAUCAAUUAUAAUUGUAUAAAAUGUGUUAAAAAGAUAUACCAUCUACCUGUAAGUCAUAACAAGCUUUCGAUUGAAUGAAAAAAAAAAUGCAAGAACAAAUAGAUGGGACCGUCAACAUAACAUCUCACGGCUCAUGAAAUUUCCUGCAUCUAUGAGCGUUAAUUUUCGUUUGUUGUUAAGAAUGUUAUUCCUAAUGUAUAUUGUCCACGCGUACAUAUAAUUUUAAAAACAUAACUGUCGUGAAGAUCUUUUUUCGGAAGCACCCGCUAGUCCAAUACCAUUAGCGUCAGUUGCUACUUUUGAUUAAUCAUUUUUGUCGCCGAUUUACACACUUGUUAAAAAAAGUCACAGCAGACAAUUAUGUGGAAAUACGAUUAUAUGUAUUCACGAAAAUGUAAAUCUACCGUAUGAACUUUGAGCUGCUUACACCUAAGUUUAGAACUGAAUACCAAAGAAACGUGCAGAACAAUGCCGUGUGAACCCAGCGUACCUUAUGUCACAAUUUAAUUAGGAAAGGUAGAGAGAAGGAAAAUAAUCUGUAUAAAUGCGUUAAAUAAGCGUAGUGCCACAUUUCAAAUUAUAUUUACUACAUUAUUUUGUACUACGUAAGUCGAAUUUUUUAACUAGACAUACAUUUACCUACAAUUAUUACUGACAUACAUAAGUUUUUGAAUUAUUAUUUAGCAUAUACAUCUGGACACUUUUCCAAUUUUUCUCCCAUAAGGCAUAAUGCUGCUUCUCUCCAUCAUCCAUGAAUAUAACACAGAAAAAGUGACUGCAAAAAUGUGACAAUCAUUUUUGUAUUGGUAUAUUUGAAAAAAAAAGUUUAAAUUUGCCGUUAUUUCAAUACACAAUCAAAAUUUUUACUCGGUUUUUCACGAUUUCAGCCUAACAACUAGCACAUAAACACAUACACCUUAAGGAACUACUACAAAAUCGUAUCAUACAGAAUUAACGAUCAAAUUUGCACAAAAAACCAGUAAAAUGCUAUGAGGCUAGACGUAUUUAAAAAUCUUCUUGCAUGGAUAGAUGUAAUUUCAUACCUUAAUUUUGUUGCUUAUUCUAAACAUCAUGUUUGUUAAUGAUAAUAUGGAAAAUAAAUUUUAUCCAUAAUCACAUUUUUUUAUCUACUCCAUUCAAAAUUUGUAAUUUUGAUAUUUUGACAUCUCAAUAGGCAAUUUUCGUCCUGCACCAAAAGUUAUAAAGUUAAAAAAAGCUUAAUAAAAUAGUUUUUCAUGAUAAUACAGACUUUCUGGAACUUGUUGUGAGCCACACAAUGAAUUUCUAUUAUUCUCUGAUUUUAUAAAACGUUGCAUCUGUCCAAUUUUUUAAAAUGGCAGCAUAAAUUCGAUUCAUCUUUCAUCUCAGGACACAAAUAUAUUUUUUGAAAUGCGUGACACCAUCUGUAUCUAUUGUUAUUAAAUAUUCCACAAGUUUUUUGGCCUAAGUUAAAUAGAGGAAAGCAUUUUCCUCUUAAUUGGAUUGUACACUCUCACAACAAAUUAAAAUAUCCUGCAUAUAUUUAUCAAAUUCAGAUUUUUUAGACAGGUGUAUUAACUACGAUCUAGCAAUGACUGUUCAAGUGUCAACUUCAUAAUUAAAUAAUUAGAUAUUUAAUCAAAUUAUCGUGUAUCGAUUACAGUUUAAUUCCUACUGUACAGACUGUGUAUACUACUACUACGCCAGUCUCUGAAGACGAUAACUAGGUUAUCAAAACCCAAGUUAUGCAGUGUAAUUGAUAUUGUUGGUGUAGUGGUAGUGUAAAUAGUGUAUUCGGUGCGAAUAUCUAAAAAUUCUAACUUAUUUCUUCAAUUCUUAACAAUUUUUAGGAACAUGUUGAUCCUCUAGACUUCUUGAACCAGUAUUUAAUUUUUUUUGUUUCAAUUAAGAAAUGGAAUUACUAGAUGUAGAAAUUCAUAAUUCAUAUGUUCCCAUAAAUUUUGAUUUUAUUUCUAUAAUGUGAAAUUUUACAUUAAGGGAUAAUAUUAUUGAGGUUAGAACCUUAAGGCUGUGCUGACAAUAAUACAUGGUAGGAAAACCUACCUUGUUAAAGAUAAUAAUUAGAUUUAAGGUUUGUGCAUUGUAUGAAUGCUUAUAAUGUAGUAAGUAAAUUCUAAUUUGCACAAUUGGUUAGUAUUCAUUCAAUUAUUAAAUAGAUAUUUUAUCAAAAAAAUGAUGUCUCCGUAUAUACCAAUAAAAAUUACAGUCGAAAGUUUGAUGUAAUUAUUUCAGAUUCAAGAGAAAAAAAAUCUUUUCCAAAAUCAGUUCAAUAGUGAUCCACUUAAUAGACAUUCACAAUAGAAAUUUGGAAGUCACUGUUUCGAAGAAAUCACUAAUCCAGUGAUUUAUUAUUUAGGGUUUCCCCAUUUCUUAUUGCGGCACUAGGGAUGCUGAGUGUUUAUAUAACUGACCUAUUAAGACUACUUCUUUCAGAAAGUUCAAGAUGUGGGAUAAUAUCUGCCAAAUAUCUUCAUUUUCUAUUUGAGUUGAAAUGCUCUGAAAUUCGUAAGUCACUCACAUUUCCAUGCUGAAAGAGAUUUCUUCUGCUAGAUUUCCAAUCUCCUUUGCUAAAAGUACCGUCUUUUGUUGUCUUCAUAUGUCAUUAUUAUAGUCAACGUUUAGAUUUGUGUAUACUUUUUGUGGUUUUAAGAACAAAAAAUUCUUCGACGGCUUCUUUAUGGUGCAAUUUCUCCAUCAAAGGAAUUAUGCCAAGACCGCGACAAAUAAUAUAUUAUUAGACGGUGCAAUGUCCAGGCUAUGUGGUGGGUGCUUUCAACUUUCAAACAAAUUCAAUCAAUUUUUAGGGAGUUAUCAAAAUGUAUGUGUCCUGGUGUUGUCUCAAGUAGCUUAAGGCUUCUUUUAAAUUUGAUCUUGUGAUAUUGUUGUCAAUAUAUUUUCCGGAAUUUUAUAGUAUAUAAUUCACGUCCAGCCCCACAUUUUCUAAGUAACUCCGAAUUGAUUCCAGGUUGAUGAUAAGCGAGAUUUUGACAAUUUAUAUGCCGAUCUAUGCCAAUCAGAGGCUGACCGAAGCGAGGUAGAUAUUUCCCAACCAAAUGUCAACUAAGGGAAAUUUCAAACCAAUUAAGCACGCUACGAUUAGUUACAGGAUCCUCACCGUAAAUGACACAAAUUGCUCUGUAUCUCUGUAACGCGGGAUAGCAUUUUAUAUAGAGCUAAAAGGCAGAUUCAUAAACUUUCCGUUUGCUGACGUUGGUGACGUUUGCCGUUUGACUUUCGUAACAAAUUCUACAUCCUAGUCAUAAACUUGACGUUGCUGCCGUUAACCUAAAAAUCUUGUUAUUCUUUUUGACGUGUGUACUGCUUUUUCUCGUGAUAUUUUUGUGUUUUUGGUUAUAAUCCGAUAUUUAUUGACGAUAUCAUACAAUAUAACGUAGAGAAAACAAGAAAAACCAAAAGACCAUCAUAAAUAAACAAAUAAUAAGAGCAAUAACCUCAAUAUCACGCUCUAACGUCAUACAUCAAAAUCACGUAACAAACGCAAACGAAUGUAAUUGGCUCUUCUCUAUUGCUACGAAAGUUAUUAUUUAUAGCCGACGGAAAAAAUCAAACUCUUUUAUCUUGAAAGUCAGCAAAGGCAGACGGCGACAUCAAACGGCAACGAAUUUUUUUAUUGGGAGCACUAGGCCUUAUCGUAUGUACAUUUAGCAAUAACAAAACUUUGAACGAAUAAGAAUAUGAGAAGGUUCAAAGUGAAACCAAUAAACAGAGACUGAUUAAUCUAAAGCUCUAACGUCAAAAUUACGUGACAAACGCAAACAGAUGUGAGACUUUUUUAUCAAUUCAAUAUACCCUCACCAACAUCAUUCACAAAAUACUUUUUAGAUAGUAAUAUUCAAGCCUGUUAAAAUAUCUGAAUUUACUUAUUAUAAGGAUGAAAGUUGUAUGAAUGAAUUCGAGUUUAAGAAAAUAUAUUACUAAUUUUAAAAAAAAAUAUUUUUAGAAAAUAUGAUAUCUCUAAAUAGAUGUUCGUGCUCUUUGUGCAAUUAAAAAAUAAAAGUGAUGUAAUCAGCAACUAUGAUUGAAUUUUAUUGUUUUCAAUAAACCUUUUUUUGCUAAUCAAAUGCAUUAAAAGUAGAAUCCUAUACGUCUGCUAUUACGUUUACGAUAGAGUGUUUCUUUGCUAAUAUGUUUAAUAAUAUUUACUUUAAUUAGAGAUAUAUUUGAGGAGCAAUAGUUAUGUAAUGACAAUAUUUAUUUUUAAAUGAAAUAAUAUAAUAUAUUCAAUAUGUUUUGCGGCUAGUGGUUUUAAUCCUGCGUCUUUCGUGUGAAAUAUUGAGCUUCGUGUUGAUAGAUAAGCAAAAACAUUGUACCUCAAAUAUAAAUGUUGAUAUACAUUGAGAAAUUAGCAACAUUCUAAAUUUUUAUUAGUAUUUUCUGUUUCUAUUAUUAAAUAAUUCGGCAAUAGUUGAAUAAUAAUAUCAUUUCUCAUUACGAGGGCGGUUUUGGUAACAAUUCAAUUGAAAAGUUUUAAACUCUACACACUUUCAAAUCACUCAAUCCAUCCUUGGGAUGUUUACCAACAAAAA